UUCAGCUUUCGAAGGUUGUUACAAACUUUACCACUCGGAAGUUAUGGCACCACCGAAAAAGAAAACUUUACCCAAACCCCUCCCUGAAAGCUUCAUCCUGACGGACACUGAGAAGCAGAAAUGGAGGCUGGGAAAACUGACGGGUCAGGGUGGCUGUGGACUCAUUUAUCUUGCCUCCCAGGACGUAGACAGACCUGUUCCAGAGGACUCUGGUUUUGUCAUUAAAGUUGAGUACCAGGAGAAUGGGCCCCUGUUCUCCGAGCUCAAGUUCUAUCAGCGGGCAGCCAAAGCAGAGAACGUGCAAAAAUGGAUAAAAAGCAAAAAACUGGACUUUCUUGGAAUCCCCACGUACUGGGGGUCUGGACUGGCUGAGUACAAGGACCUCAGGUAUCGUUUCAUGGCCAUGGACCGGCUCGGUACUGAUCUUCAAAAAGUCUGUGAGCACAACGGAGGUCGACUGAAGAAGACGACUGUGCUCCAUCUUGGUCAAAGACUGGUGGACAUCCUCGAGUUCAUUCAUGAAAAUGAGUAUGUUCAUGCAGACAUUAAAGCUGCCAACCUCAUGUUGGAUUACAGAGACCCUGAACAGGUGUACCUUGCAGACUAUGGCCUCUCUUACAGAUAUUGUCCUGAUGGAGUCCACAAAGAAUACCAGGAAAACCCUAAAAAGGGCCCCAACGGGACCAUCGAGUACACCAGCCUUGAUGCUCACAUGGGACUGGCACCAUCACGACGUGGGGACCUGCAGAUUUUGGGCUUCUGCCUUCUUCAAUGGUUAUGUGGCUCUCUGCCCUGGGAUGGUGUUCUCAAACAACCCACUCAGGUUCAGGAGGCUAAGGCCAGAUUGAUGAAUAAUCUGCCAGACUCUGUUCUGCAGCUGUCAGUGAGACAAGCCAGCACAGAUGAGGUGGCCUCGUUUCUGCUUUAUGUGAAUACUCUGGACUACCAAGAUAAACCAGACUACCAGCUUCUCAAAGAGGUGCUGAGCUGUGGCGUCAGAGGAAGACUGGACUUCUCUGUUCCUGAAAGAGUUGCAGAAUCUGCCACCAAGGAUCCCCCCAACAAGGCAAAGAAGGCAGAAGCAGCCAGAGGACCAACUAAAGCCAAGCCGAGACAUGCAGAGGUGGCCGAUGAAGACUCUAAGAGAAAAAACAAACCAGUGCAAGCUCGCUACAUCAGAGGUCCACCCUUAACAGCUCCACCACAGCAGGAUGAAGCUUUACGAGCAGUCAGAAGAUCACCGAGGCCUGCACCAACUUCUGAGGAAGAUGGCAGUAAGGAGGAAGACAAGGUCAGACCCAAACCUGUUCUGGCGUGCCAUCUGAGAGGGCCUCCGAUCAGCCAAGAGGCUCCGCCCAAACAGAGAACUAGACCCAAAAGGACUGGUAGGACCACUGAGGAGUGGAGCAUGACCUGGAGGAGGAUCCAGGAGCCUCCACCUGAGCCACACAGACCAUCACAAGCAAAGAGUGACAAGCAAACACACACACAUUCCAGAGAAGGUCCAGCUGAAAGGCCACUUCCUCACAGGGAUGGUUCUGGUCCUGGUCCCAGUGAUCUGAGACAAGAAGUUGGUUCCACACUACUGCACUCACAGAGUUCUUGCUUCAUCUAUUUGGGGGUCGUUCUUUUACUGGGGGCCAUUUUUGAGCUUGCCAAAGUCCUGCUACAACCCUUCAGACAUAGACUGUGAUUUAGCAGCAGGAAGUAGAUCUCAUCAACAGGAAGUAGAUCUCAUCAACAGGAAGUAGAUCUCAUCAACAGGAAGUAGAUCUCUGAAUGAAGCGAGCCUCUCCUCAUGACUU